CCAUGGGGCGAUCGCCGUGCUGCGACAAGGCGGCGGUGAAGCGCGGGCCAUGGUCGGAGGAGGAGGACGCGCGGCUCCGGUCCUACAUCGAGCAGCACGGCGGCGCCGCCGGCGGCUGGAUGGCGCUGCCGCGGAAGGCCGGGCUGCGGCGCUGUGGCAAGAGCUGCCGCCUGCGCUGGCUCAACUACCUCCGCCCGGGCGUCCGCCACGGCGCCUUCUCACCGGAGGAGGACCACGUCAUCUGCGCGCUCCACGCCGCCGUCGGCAGCAGGUGGUCCCUCAUCGCCGCGCACCUGCCGCCGGGCAGGACCGACAACGCCGUCAAGAACUACUGGAACACGCGACUCAAGAAGAAGAUGCUCUUGUUCGCUGGCCGGCAGCCGCACGACGUCGGUCGGAAUGUCAAUGUCAGCGCGGCACCUGCAGAGGAGACUCCUCUGGCGCCUUGGACUGGCCUGCCGCUCACCGGUUGCGGCAGCGGCGGCGGUGCCGUUGAUCAGAUGCGCGUUGGUGACGACAUGAUCGCCAGCAUGCUGAAACCCGCCGUCGUGAGCCAGCCAGCAGAUUCAAGCUUCUCCAGUGAACCGGCGGCGACAGAGCUCGACGUGAUCUUCCGGUCCAUGGGCACGACCGGUGGCGAGCACUCUGAUCUGUCUCUGAGCAGCACGGAGAUUGAGACCGAUUGGUAUCAUCAUGCUGACAGUGAUACCGUGAUAUAG